AUGAUGGGCCUCUCACACACGCUCCUCCUGUACGCGCUGCUGUGCGUUCACCUCGGAGUUUCACAGCAUUUCCUUCGCCUCCGUCCGUCGCCCAGUGACAACCUCCCCGUCCCCGACCUGAAGGAGGACCCUGAUCCGGAGUACGACCCCCGGGAGCAGGACCUAACCGAGAGGAGUCUGAGGAAAAAACUGGGCAGCAACUUUGACCCCAACUUCAUGUCCAUCAGCUCGCCCAUGCUGCUCAACCUCUCCACGCCAGACAACCAGGUGAAGCAGCAGGGACCCAUGCCUAACGAGAUUAAAAAGCUGGACCUCACAGAGACGCCUUAUGGGAAGCGCGUAAAAGUGGGAAAGAAAGCCCGCAGGAAAUUCCUGCAGUGGCUGUGGACCUACACGCACUGCCCCGUGGUGUACACCUGGAAGGAUUUGGGCGUGAGGUUCUGGCCACGUUACAUCAAGGAGGGAAACUGUUUCUCUGAGCGUUCUUGCUCCUUCCCCGAGGGGAUGUCCUGCAAGCCAGUCAAGUCAAUCACCAAGAUUUUCCUGCGGUGGUAUUGCCAAGGGUUUUUAAGACAGAAAUACUGUACGUGGAUACAGGUGCAAUACCCAAUCAUCUCAGAGUGCAAGUGCUCGUGCUGA